GAGUGGACCCACUUGGAGCUGAGAUCAUGACUGAGAAGCCUCCCAGCAGGGUUUCAAAGGUGCCAGUGGUGAAACAGAAACCAUUGAGAUUCAGCUUGAAGCUGGAGCUGACAAGGAAGUACUGCCUGGGCAUCGCCUCCUCUUCCCCUUCUUCCUCCUAUCUUUUCCUUCUCCCUCUCCUUGUCUUCUCUCCUCUUCUCCAGCUGAAACCCAGUUGGCCCAGCCCAGCUCCCCACACCAUCAUGGAGAACACCAGCCCUAGAGUGAUUGAAGAUGAUGGCCCAGGCUAUGAGCUGGACUUAUUUUGCAUCCCCAAGCAUUAUGCCCAAGAUCUGGAAAAAGUAUUGAUUCCUCAUGGGCUAAUCCUGGACAGGACUGAACGUUUGGCGCAAGAUGUGAUGAAGAAGAUGGGAGGCCACCCCAUGGCUGUCCUCUGUGUCCUCAAGGAUGGCUAUCAACUCUUUGUUGAUUUGCUGGAUUACAUCAAUGCACUCAACAGGAAUAAUGAUCAAUCAGUUCCUGUGACUGUAGAUUUUAUCAGAUUGAAGAGCUACUGUAAUGGCCAGUCAACAGGGGACAUAAAAGUAGUUGGGGGAGAUGAUCUCUCAUCCUUAACUGGAAAGAAUGUCCUGAUUAUUGAAGAUAUAGUGGACACAGGGAAAACAAUGCAGACUUUGCUUUCCCUGAUCAAGCAGUAUAAUCCAAAGAUGGUGAAAGUAGCCAGCUUGCUGGUAAAAAGGACCCCUCGAAGUGUGGGAUACAGACCUGACUUUGUUGGAUUUGAAAUUCCAGACCAAUUUGUUGUUGGAUAUGCCCUGGACUACAAUGAAUACUUCAGGGACUUAAACCAGUGUGUCAUUAGUGAGGAUGGCAAAGACAAGUACAAAGCAUGA